UAUGGUUCCUUUUGUCUCUUCAAAUUUAAGAAACCAGUGUUUCUGGAAGUUGCAGACAUUGAACUUGACGUUUGCUAUUUCUGAAUCAUUUUGUAAAUUGGUCGGAAUGCGCAGUUUCUGAGGUUUGGUUCUAAGUUGGGGUUUCUUGGUGUCUUCUCUCGUCCCUCUUCUUCACCCGUCUUAUUGCUGGAGAUUGUGAUGCUGGAGUAGUUGCAUCUGUCUGUUCUAGCUUGCUGAACAUUGUGCUACUUUCUCGACUACUGUUUGGAACCGUUCUCUGAGCAUCGAAUUCAUAUUCUACACAUCACCAAUCUGGAUAAGCGUUUUAGGGCAUUUUCUUGCUCUUAUUAGUUCUUCAUGAUUUUUUGGAUAGCUGAAUGAAAAGGAAUACUUAGUUCAUGUAGAGAGGACAGGACAAGAGGCUCACGCUGCAGCAAUCAUGGUGAUGGUAUCUAAUUCUACCCAUCAAAACAAGGAAAUACAUGUCAGAAGGAGAAUCUCUGAGAUAUUCAAUAGACGGGAAGAAGAUUUUCCAUCACUAAAAGACUACAAUGACUACUUGGAAGAAGUGGAGUGCAUGGUAUUCGACUUGAUAGAUGGAAUAAAUGUUGAGGCGAUUGAGGCUAAAAUAAAGAGAUACUCUAAGGAAAAUGCUGAACAGAUAAUGAUUAAUCGAGCUCGCAAGGCUGAAGAGUUAACUGCAGCCUUGGCAGCUUGCAAGGCCAAACCCCCACAAACCAAUGCUGAUACGUCGUCAAACCAGGGGGUUACUGCUGGAACUGCAUACGGUCAGGCUCCACGACCAACAGGAAUGGGUCCACAACCAGUGCCUAUAAAAGGAGGAGCAGAGCAUCAACGUCAUCACCCAAUGGAAGUGGAAGACGAAGCGUUGAGGCUCAUAAUAGAGAGAGCUGGAGCAGAAAGAGCUGGAGGAUUUUCUUCAGAGAUAAGCAAGAGGAGGGCUUUGGAAGAAGCAUUUGCAAGCAUUUGGGUUUGAAUUUGAUUCAUGGAGAUAUCUUCGUUGGUUGUUUAGCUUUGAGAAUGGAAGUAAUUAGAGUUUCUAUUGUUGUCUUAGAUCAUCUCUGUUACUUUACUUUGUGUUGGUUUGUAUGUAUAGCUGACAAAAUGACAAACAUCAAGAUAACAAUAUUUACGAAAGAGAAUUGCCAAAAAUCA